AUCGAUUCCAUCUUUGUCGUCUAUCGCGGCCACUCAUAGUUCGAUUACGACUAAGUUAAAACCCACUUGAACUCUUCAUUACAUACUCUAAUCCCCAAAUGUCAUUUACACGCAAAGCAAAAGGUGACCCCAACGAUACCGAGCUUUGCAAACGGCUGUGGCCAGCUUUGGCGGACAAAGUCUACCUCUCCGGUCAAUAUAUGACACUGGCAACAUGCGUCAGAAGUACACUGAAUACCUGGCGGUAUUCCCUCAAUCAGCUGUCGCCAGGGAUCGAGAACAUCGGAAAAGUUUUUGAGGCCAUGGAUUCCAUCAGGAAGUCGCCCCAAAUGCCCAGGGAGAGCCUGGUGGAGGCGUUUAAGCCCAGUGCUGCAAACCUAGGAAACCAAGAUUGCGACGUGCAGAACGUCAUUUCCUUGACAGCAUCUCUCGCAACAAUGACGAUGAUUCAAAUUAAUCCCGAACCAAAUACAUUUUCUGGUCCAGUAGCGAUAUGGAACCCUACGUCAUCGUUGGGAGAGGCCGUAUCUGAUUUCUAUCAGCCAACACCAGAUCCAGAGUUGAAAGCUGCAGCCCUGGACACGCAUCUCACUGCAUGCUCGCUCGCCAAGUUCCAAGGCUACACUAUUGUGUGGGCUGACUUCCUAAAUGAGCAUCUUCGUAUCGACGAGGAAUUGAGGCUUGUCUGGAUUUUCCAGCACAAGAUAUGGCUCUCUUCGCAAGUGGGCCGACCGGAUUGCUUGGUACCACAAUCUGUGCUGCUCGAAGCGCUCGACACACUCAAUGUGCUUCUCCCUCCGGACGAUGACCACACCAGACGAUUUCUACAGAGGCGAGAACAAGAAUUUUACAGCUUGGGUUAUUGUGGCAGAGUCCCAAGCACCGACUUAAAGAAGUACGCCAUCUGGGGAACGAAGAUGGACCGGCUUUUGAGCGUCGCAAAAGGCCCAAGAAGAGGGAUUUGGCAGUUUCUCCCCACUCCAGAUCGAUUCAAUGUCUUGGAGUCAGCCAACUUCGUGAUUGCGUGUGUGGCGCUCGUGUUUUCGAUUGUGGGAUUCGUGUUGGGACUGGUGUCUAUCAUCUACGCAAAAUUGUCGUAUCAGAUCGGGCUGGAGUCUAUUGACAUAUCGAAGGUGUCUCUUGAUGUGUCCAAUGAGUCUCUGGAGUUGACAAGGCUGCAGUACCUUUUGUCAGUUGCACAGGCUUGUUCGGAUCCUGACCAAGCGCGAUUAUUGCCAGACUUUUGUUCUGCGGAGGCCUAGAGCUAGAUGUGGCAGAGAUGCCUUGUGGUUGUAUUCAUACCAA